AUGGAAUCUGUGAAGACCCGGAGUAGCCCUUUGCUCUCUGAUUUAUUAUUUGCUUUGGCAGGAAUUGACUGCAAGGCGAUUAAAAUCAGGCAGUCAAAUGAGUGUGAAGUGGAUACUUUUGUGAAUUCGUCCGUAUCCAAGAACAGUCUGCAAAUAGUGCGUGAACUGCUUGUAAUUAUUGCAGGCAUAAAGAAGUGCCGAUAUUACGUUGAAACUGCAUAUUUCUCAAGCGGUUUCAUAAGAAAGCACUUGUUUCAGGCAGUAGAAGAGGAAAUUCAAGUGUAUCUGUGCAAGGUUGACCAGAUAAAAAGAGAGGCAGACCAAGCACCUGUCCAGAUUGAAGCCCUUCCUUUUAUUUUCCAGAAGGAGAUUGAGCUGUUCUCUGCGCUGACUGAGGUACUUGAAGAGUCCAGAAAAGUCGGUGAUUUAUUUCUGCUGGAUGCCGUGCUUAGGAGCAGACUGCAGUCCCCAAGGAUAAUAUGCUCCCUGAGUGCCCCAAUGAACAGAAUACUUGUCCGUUUGGUUGAGGGUCUUGACACUUCUGGGUACUUUGAGGAAAGGCAUACAUACGAUUAUGCAGAGUGCUUUUGGAGCAGUCACUACAGGAUAAGAGAAGAUAUUCCGCAGUACCUGGCUGGGUACAUACUUAAGCUAGUUGAGCUAGGGAAGAUCUCAAAGAUAAGAAGAUCUGCAGGAGAGACAGAAAUACAUUACACAAAGAAUAUUCUUUCCGUGUGCUUAGACAGAAGAUCCACCAUAAUAAACGAAGCAGAGCUUCAUGCGUACUACGCACAGAUCAGUGAGUGUCCUUCUGUGAAAAGGUGCUGGAAGGAGGGUGUCUCUGAAUUAUUCAGCAGAAUUGGCUUGGAUGUCAGCCGGUACGCAGAACUCUUCCAGGAAAUGGGUUCUCGCAUGAUUUGCACUCCAGGGAAGAAGGAUAUUUCCCUUGUGAACUACCUAAUGAGAAAGGGAAGUGCUGGGUACUCUGCAUAUGAGGAGCAUGUAGACUCUCCGUCUAUGUCCUUUUUAGGAGACUGCACAUUCCUUCUGGAAAACAUUGAAGGCGUAAGGGCCUCUCCUGUUACUUUUGUGCAUAAUGAAGUCUCUUUGGCAAAAACCCUUUUGGAGAUAAAUGAUGCCCGGCGUAUGCGAAAUAUUGAAGAUCUGUCACUGCUGCAGGGCCUUGAUAUUACGCUUUCCUUGAAAGAGCCUCUUUCAAUGUUCUUCUCAGCAAAGACCAUCUCUGAGAUUCGAAUUGUCUUUAGGCUUGUGUACUCUUUGUAUGCAGUGGAGUACUUCUUGUGCUCGCAGUACAGUGAAUGGCGCAUUAAGCAGAUUCUACUUAGCUUUGUCACAGGCGUACGUAUGUUUAUCACUGAAAAGAUAGACAGCGAAUUUCAAAGUGUAAUUAAUGAAGAGAAUGUCUCGCAGUAUACAGAGUCCUUGGAAAGUGCCAUGUCCAAUAUAAUGAAGGCAUCCCUUCUGACCAGCCCAUUUCUUAUACAGUUCUACAGCAAAGUAUUCUCCAUUGCCUUUAUGUACAUUGAACUCCCGCAUAGAGAGCAACUUACCACGGAGGAAGAGAAUGAAAUACUUGUCUCACUGAAGGCGUGCUUUAAGGCUGCAAUUCCCUAUGUAAAGUCUCCACUACUAAUCCUAUUAUUUGAGUCAUUGGCAUAG